AGUGGAGAAUAUAUGGGGAAUGUGACGGGUAGGUAUGUAAAUUUUUAGGCAUCGAUGACUAAUCAACUUCCUGAAAUUAUGAGUUUGUUAUAAUUAGUGAAGAAUGGGGAAUGUGAUGGGUGCAUUAUUAUCAGGUUUUGGUGAUAUUGUUGGCAAAUUGUUUGGUCAUCCACUUGAUUUUUUGUCUGGAAAAGCUUGUAGUACAGCAUGUGCCCCAACAUGGGAUUUUCUUUGUUACAUAGAAAAUUUUUGCAUCCCUCAACUCUUGAAAUCAGCCAUGGUUUCAAUCCUAUUAUACUUUGUUUUCUUGUUCCUCUACUUGCUUUACAAGUUGGGAAUUUGUCAGUGCAUUUGUCACAUACUUUGUAGAACUACUUGGGCUUGUUUCUCCACUUGCUUUUCAGCCUUAGAUUGUUGUUGCACUUGCAUUUGUUUCAACAUUCAGAAACUUCUUCUUACACCUAGACAUAAUAGAAGAAGAAGACAUCAAAAAGAUAUUGAAGAAGCACUUGUUGAUAUUUCUAGUAAUUUUAGUGAAUCACAAGACUCUAUUAAAUCUGAUGACACAAAAAGAAGAAAAUCAAUGAGGGAACAUAGAAAAGAACAUAUGAGGAAGUCUUUGAAGCCAAAGAGUCAUCAUAUGCAAGUCCAAAUUGUUAAUGAUUCAAUCCACCACCACAAGAAGAAGAAGUUCAAAAAUGGUCCUAUCGAUGAUCACAUCCGAGUGAGUAGAAGAACAAAAUUUGCACAAAAGGGAAUGUUCGUUAAGGGUUCAACACGUUCACGAAGGAGAGCAUAAAAGGAGGGGGUUCUCAGACUCUUCAAAAAUCUCACGGGGUGUGUGUUUGAUCUGACAUAGAUGUGAUCACAAUAUAUAUAUACUUUUGGAGAGUCUGAACAACAUAGGUUCUCAAUUCUAUGGUCUUCUAAAUCUUGUAAAUUCUGAAGUUUUCGCCUAAUAUAUUGUUUAACUUGUAUACU